AUGAGUUCCCUGGGACGUACAACGUUAAGAUGGUGGUUCGCGAUGUUGAAUCUUCCGCGGCAGUCACAUGCCUCGUGGCAUCGGGCCCGACUUCGAGAGGAACUGUGCGAGCGUCGACUCGCAGAAAGAAGUUGGAAAAAGCUUAGUGAGACCUCAGAUGUUCUUUUCUCAAUCGUCCGGGCCCAAUACGAUGGGUUUCUAAUACGGAAUCCUUCUUGCUUGUCCGGCCUUAAAUCCAGCCCGAUAUACAUGUACAUGUUGGCCAAGUACACAUCACGAUGGUCCUUCUUUAAAGCGGCUGCCCUGUUCAGCAAUGCCCGGCACUGGAAUCUGGUCCACGAGGUGGUGAACCCGGGAAAAGAUCACAAACUCACUGAAGUCGCUUCCCGCCAUGAGAUUAAUGGAAAGGACUUUCGGCGAGUUAGCCGUCAGCUUAGGCGCAUCUGGCCACUGUUUCCAUGA